UGUCCUUACAAGAUGGCUGAUGGGAUGGAUAUUCUUCAAACACUUGUUUUUGACAACGGAACUGGAUUCAGCAAGGUUGGCUUUGCUGGGGAUGCUUCUCCAGGAAAUGUUUUCGAAAGUAUAGUUGGUCGUCCUCGUCAUACUGGCGUCAUGGUUGGAAUGGGACAAAAAGAUGCUUAUGUUGGUGAUGAAGCUCUCUCUAGAAGAGGUAUUUUGACUGUGAGACAUCCCAUUGAAUGUGGCGUAGUAAGAAACUGGGAUGAUAUGGAGAAACUCUGGCAUCACACAUUUUACAAUGAACUUCGUGUCACUCCUGAGGAGCAUCCCGUUCUUCUGACUGAGGCACCACUUAACCCCAAGACAAAUAGAGAGAAAAUGACUGAAAUCAUGUUUGAGACAUUCAAUGUUCCAUCCAUGUAUGUCGCAAGUCAGGCUGUUCUUUCUCUUUUUGCUAAUGGUCGUACAACUGGUAUUGUGCUUGAUUCUGGUGAUACUAUGACCCACUCUGUCCCUAUCUAUGAGGGACAUGUACUUCCUCAUGCUGUCUCACGGUUAGCUCUUGGUGGUCGUGAUCUUACAUGGUAUCUCAUCAAGAUUCUCAUGGAGGGUCCUUACAUAUUUAGAAAUUGCAGAAAUUGUACGCCUAUUCAUAUGAAGGAGACGAUUGCUUAUGUUGCACUGGAUUUUGAACAGGAGAUUGACAAGGCAAAAAGUUGCUCAAAAUCAAUUGAGAAGGGCUUUGAGCUUCCUGAUGGAAAAGUCAUCAAUAUUGGUGCUGAAACGUUCCGUUGCCCUGAAGCCCUCUUCAAGCCAUCAUUGGUUGAAAUAGAAGCGACAGGGAUUCAUGAAAAACUCUACAACUCAAUCAUGAGAUGCGAUGUUGAUAUUAGGAAAGAUUUAUUUGCAAACAUUGUGCUUAGUGGUGGCUCAACUAUGUUUCCUGGCUUUGUAGAACGUAUGACCAAGGAAAUCACUGCUCUUGCUCCGAGCUACACGAAGAUCAAGGUGAUUGCACCACCUGAUAGGAAGUACAGCACCUGGAUAGGAGGAUCAGUUCUAGCUUCCCUCAGUACUUUCCAAAAAAUGCAGAUGUCGAAGGCCGAGUAUUUUGAAUGCGGUCCUACGUUGGUUCACAGGAUGUGCGUCUAA